AUGGGACAGCCUAUUUCUGGGGAAGCUCACUUGCCAGUCGUUGAAAGCUUCGGGCUUGCCACCGCCCUGUUGAUCCAGACGUCAGGAGCUGCUAGUAACCCACAACUCAUCUUCUCACACUGGAGUAUCAUCGACAUGGACCCGGUCUUCAACCCGCAGACAGAGUUGGAGCGAGAGGACUUUGGCGAACGCGUCCACGAACACAACUACGUGAGACGAUACAUCGAAGCGGUACGUAAGCGUAAGGGUCUGUCGCGAGAUGAAAAGAUUGUUGUGCACCCCGAAAAAACACGCACUCUUAAAAGAUACGACGCUGGAUGA